CUCGUCCUUUGGCUUUUAUUAUUUCAUUCGUAUUUCUUUCAUUACUCCUUCCGAAUAAGAUCCUUCGAUUUUUUCCAAAGAUAACGAGUAAGCAAAGUUAUAACGUCGGAAUAGAAACGGUUUCCUUAAUUUUCGCAAAGAGAAUUGUGCGCGAUCGUCCUUUCCCGCUUUCCAUAGCAGAAACAAACUAGGCUACGCGUCUAUAAUGCGCGUUUCAUUUCGCUCCGUGACGCGUUUCUGAUGAUAACGUCACAGUUUCCAGGAUCCUUUCAGACCGAUUUAAACAAAAGUUUGUCAGUUUAACGCCGACACAAUCGACUAGUUUUACACACCGUGCAAAUUAUCAUCGAUAAACCAACCUUGUCUUGUAUUUCGUUAACGUAAAGAAGAGAUAUACUUGAAAAAAAAAAAAGAAAAAAAAAAAGAAAAUAACGUUUUACGUUCGCGCAUACUCGAUUUAUAUUUCGAGAGAAACGAUUAAGAGCGUGACUUCGAAAUAGAGGACAAAAAGGACGAAUAAGAGGAAAAAAGAGAAGGAGAAGAAGAAGAGAAAGUAGUUGGCCUCCCUGCUAAAAAUUCAAACUCGCGAAUUUACUAGAGAAUAAAUUUCCAAGUUUCAGUCAGAAGACGAAUCCUCUCUGGCCUCAUCCAAGCACGGCCAACCUGAAAAGUUUGACGCAUUGUCGGUGAAUAAUCGGAAGCGAUUGUCGCGCCACCUUCGAAUAAAGAAAAGAGAGGGCGGGGAAGGUGAGAGAGAGAGCGUGAAAAGGGGAGAAUUUUAAACGCGUUUCUUUCCUUCUCGCAUCCGUGCGUAAAUAUUAAUCCGUAACUCAUUUUAUCUAAGCAAAUGGCUAACGUUGCAAAUUCUGAAUUUAAGGAAUCAACGGGAGUUGUGUCUAACCCGAUGACGAUCACCACGGAAAUAGAGAACAACAAGUAUUUGCCUUCCUCUCAUGGAAGAAACAACGGUCCAAGAAGAGAAAGCAACGGAUUUAACGCCGUCAUCCAUCACAAACGAGGCCUCCUAGGAGCGCUUAUUUCUGGAAUAGGCAGUAAUAUGUCGUUGCCUUCUUGUAUGCCGCACGAUCAGGAUUUCGUGCAAGGACACGCCCCGAGCGUAGGACUACCGAUAUCCCUCCGUACGAAUCCAAAACACGUAGAUCAGUAUCAGUCCGACGAUGAUCGACGAAAGUUGCGAACAAAUUAUUUACAAUUAACGCCAGUCAAUACGGCUUGCGCGUCUUUGAACGCUCUCGACGUCGAUAAAGCAAAAGCACCGAUCUUGAAAGUCACGCAAUCCACGACGCACGAAUCAAAACAUAAACAUCCGAGAGAACUGGUAUCUACCGUAAGCAUGCUUUACGCCAAAUUGUUGAUAGUGAUAGGAUUCGCAUUGCCAGUUACAGCCAGCAUCAGUCAUAAAGUACCGAUUGCUUUGAAUCAGGGGUUUUAUUUAUACCUCUACCUUGGAAGCGUUACUUUCGUGAUCACCAUGUACGCCAGCAUGCUGAAAGACAAAGCUGUAAAAAAGCUGAUACUGCAAGGCAAAAGACAGGAAGAGACCUUUACCUUUGAUGAAAAGGGUGCACGUGUUCACACUAGCCAGGCACAACAAUAUGGAAGCUUUUGUUUGAGAUUCGGCGCUGUAGGAUUUGGUGCCGGUUCAUUGGUAUUUACCGGAUUGCAAAUUGGGGCGGAAAUAGCUUCCGGGCCAUUCAGGGCGAUUACACCAGCCGCUAGAUUACUCCUGAUCACAGCUCAAAUGCACUUUAUAUUCCUUAACAGUAAAAAUCUUGAAUUUGUGAGACUCGGAGCACUCGCAAAAUUAGGUCUGAUGCAUAUGAUCGCGACGAAUCUUUGCGAGUGGCUUCAGGCUCUCAUCGAGGAAACACACAACGAGAUCGAUCAAUUGGGCCACGCAUACGAGGGCGACGAAGGGAUUCUGAAAUCGCUUUUAAGCGACGCAAGUCCUUUUCUCUUCCCUUGCACGAUCGAGUUCAGUUUGAUAUGCUCGGUGAUACUUUUCGAAAUGUGGAAGAGAACGGACGAAAGAACCGAAACGAAGAGUGAAAAUUCGGCAAGAUCGAUGCAUAGACUUAGUAUCGAUUGCACCAGUGCUCAUAGAGGCCUCUUUGGUGGAAUACUUUUAGUAGCUGCUACGAUUUUAAGUUUGAUCAUGUUUUUCGUUCUGAAAGAAGCAAAGCACAAGAUGGCGAUACAACAAGUUACUGCCCUAGAAGCCGCGAUCUUAUCCUUAGGUGUAGCCGCUUCGAUAUCUGGUGCUUGGAAGAUUCAAAAUUUAGAGGAAAAAGUAUCGUCGAAAGCGCCACGACUAGAUUCGACCCUUUUGACGGCAGCUCAGGCUGGAAUUUAUCUGCACUGUCUUUUUGGAAUAGUCGGUAGCCUCUUAACCAUGGGUCCGAUGUGGGUGCUGUCGUUAAUUACGGAUUUCUUAGCUUUGUUGCAGAGCACCUGUCAAACUUUACUCGUUAAAAUCGCAUGGAGACGGCGUUGUACCACUGGAAAGGAGAAACCGGGCAAGGAACUGAUCACGUUCCUCAUCGUCGUGAAUAUAGCUCUAUGGACGGUAAAUACCUUGGAGAAGUCUCGUGCAGGUGUACGACCGGAUCAUCUUCGUUUGUUUGGUGUCUGGGCUUGGACCAUUAUUACCCAUGUCUCCAUGCCGCUCGCUAUCUUUUAUCGAUUCCAUUCCGCUAUUUGUCUCUUCGAGGUGUGGAAGAGUUGCUAUAAGUACAGACCGUACAACGAAAACGCUCGUACACUCUGUUGAAAAGCUGUCGAUUUUCUAUCUAUAACGUAGUCGCUAGCAAAUAUUUUCUAUUACGUAUUAAAUUGAAAAUAUCUUCGGUGUAAAAAGAAAGUAUUUUCUUUUAACAGUAA